CACCAAGAACGACAGACGAACAGCAUGGACCACUUGAAUCUAGGAGAACCCGUCACAGCGCCUUCUGCGACAGCUCCUCUCUCGACAGCGACGUUCUCCUCCUCCAUCCCACCACCGCAACAACCGAUGCAAGCCGCAUACACCUCCACUUCAGGAUUCGAAACGCUUCGUUCACGCAUGAGUGACCUCGCACUCUCCGAAAACUGCAACACCGCAUUCCGCACCCGCCUCGCCAACAUCUUCGGCUGGCCUUCAGUACCGCAGUCCGUCGUCGAGUUUCCGUGUUAUCUGUUGAAGAGCGUUCUAUUGCAGGGCUACCUCUACCUCACCCCCCACCACCUCUCCUUCCACGCCUACCUCCCCCGCAAAGACGACACAAUCCUCAAAUCCGGCACCCUCUCCCGCAAAUCCUCCCGCGGCCUCCGCUGGAAACGGGAAUACGUCCUGCUCAAAGAUGGCGUCUUAUCCGGAUUCGCAUCGAGUUCCGAUUUGUAUUUCCCGACGCAUUUAGUGGAUGUCGCGAGGGCCGUACAUGUCAGUGGUGACGGGAAGGAGAUUCGGGUUACGAUGCAGGGUGGGAAGGAACAUGUUUUUGGUGCGGAUUCGGAGUUGGGGGCGAAAGAGUGGGUCAAGGCAAUGCAGAAAGUCGUGUUUUGUGCGCAUAAUCCGGGGGAUGCGGUCAAAAUCGUUAUUCCCCUCCCAAACAUCCUCGAAACGGAAUCCGUACCCGCGUCGACCUCUUCGGAGGAGACGGAGGGCGUCGUGCUCGAUGAUGAGACGUUCCUCAUCGAAGAAUAUUUCUUUGCGUUUUUUGGGGGGUGGGAGGAGGCUGUCAAGAUGAUUGGGGAGAGUGUGGAGAGGAGCAACGGGGGGCAGGUGAACGGGGAGGAUGGUGCGGGGGUGGGGGAGAGGAAGUUGAGAGAGAGUGUUAGAGAUACGACGGCGAGUUUGGGGAGUAAGGCUGGGACGCCCACGACGUUGGGGGGUGAUGAUGAUUCAUCCUCGUCUUCGGCUGACGACGAUGAUGACGACACCGAGGGCGACGCGGCAAAGACGAAUGCCCUCCCGACGAAGAAGUCGCACACGAUUCCCCUCCCUAAAUUCCCCGGCAUGAAACUCCUCGGCCGCACACGCACAGGCCACCAAGGGACCCACACAACCGACCCCUCCGAACCCGUCCAACACCCCGCGCUCCAACGCGAUGUCGAGGAGGCUAUCACGAAGGGUGAGACGUCUUCGAGGUAUGGUGAUGAUUUGGGGGCGAGGAGGGAGGAGUUUGUUGGGAAGCAUGGGGGAGGGGGGUUGGGUGGGUUGUUGAGGAAGGGGGUUGGGAAGAUUAUGGGUGGGGGUGGGGCGAGUGUGAGUGGGGCUGUGCCGCCGAUGGAGGGUAGGCAGGAUGGGGGGGUUGGGGGAGGGGGUGUAAGUGAUGUGGUGGAGGAAAGUCAUAAGUUCAGGUCACAUUUCGCGUUACCCGCUGCGGAAUGCUACAUCACCCGCUCCAUCCCGUUAUAUGGAAAGUUAUACGCGAGUGACCGCAAUCUCUGUUUCCGAUCGACCCUCCCGGGAACGAAAACGAGGAUGAUCGUGCCGUUGCGGGAUGUGGAGACUGUGGAGCCGGAGAAGGGGUUUCAGGUCCUAUACUCGGGACUUGUAGUCUUGAUUCGUGGACAUGAGGAGUUGUUUUUGGAGUUCGCGAGUGAGGAGGGGAGGGAUGAGGCGAGACGUGUUAUCGAGGAUGCAGUCGAUGAGGCGCUCCGUGAUCGUACACGCUCCCGACUCACGGUCGAGGAGAUGGAUCAGGCGAAUCGGGAUAAGGAGGAACAUCUCUUCCUCGCCGAACGACACCAGAAGGCGCAUGACGCCCGUCCUCCGCCCGAGAACGAGGGUGCUGGAAAUGAUGUUCCGCCGAUUAUCUUUGAUGAUCCUGGUACGAGUUUCGUGACGUUUAAGCCGGAGGGGGCGUUGAGGGUUACGUGUUUGACGAUUGGGAGUCGGGGGGAUGUACAGCCGUAUGUCGCGCUGUGCAAGGAACUCCUCAAAGAGGGGCAUAAACCGCGUAUUGCGUCGCAUGCGGAGUAUAAAGACUGGGUCGAGGGACAUGGGAUUGAGUUCAUGCCCGUCGAAGGGGAUCCAGCGGAACUCAUGAGGAUUUGUGUGGAGAAUGGGAUGUUUACAUACUCUUUCCUCAAGGAAGCUUCGAGUAAGUUUAGGGACUGGAUUGAUGGGUUAUUGAAGAGUGCGUGGGAUGCGUGUCAGGGGAGUGAUGUGUUGAUCGAGAGUCCGAGUGCGAUGGCUGGGUUUCAUAUCGCCGAGGCACUUGGGAUUCCGUAUUUCAGGGCUUUUACGAUGCCGUGGACGAGGACGCGGACGUAUCCCCAUGCGUUCGUGGUGCCGGAUCAUAAGAUGGGUGGGAGUUAUAAUUACUUUACGUAUGUCAUGUUUGACAACCUCUUUUGGAAAGCGACGGCGGGCCAGGUUAAUCGGUGGAGGAAGAGGACGCUGAAUCUUGGUUCGACGAGUUGGGAUAAGAUGGAUGUACAGAAAGUUCCGUUUCUGUACAAUUUUAGUCCGAGUGUCGUGCCCCCGCCGCUUGAUUGGCCGGAGUGGGUUAAGGUCACGGGAUACUGGUUCCUCGAUGAUCCGGAUUCGAACAAGAAGAAGAAGUGGGAGCCGCCGGAGGAGUUAACGGCGUUCAUCGAGAAGGCGAGGAGUGAUGGGAAGAAAUUGGUGUACAUCGGGUUCGGGAGUAUCACUGUCUCGGACCCGAAGGCGUUGACGAAGAGUGUUGUGGAGAGUGUAGUGAAUGCGGACGUGAGGUGUAUCUUGUCGAAGGGGUGGUCCGAGCGUGGUGGAAGUGAGGAGAAGAAGGAUAAGGAUGAGGUGGAGGUGCCGUUGCCGGAUAGUAUGCAUCAGAUCGAGAGUGCGCCGCAUGACUGGCUCUUCCCUCGUGUUGAUGUGGCGGUACAUCAUGGUGGAUCUGGAACGACCGGCGCGUCUCUGCGUGCGGGUAUCCCGACUGUCAUCAAGCCAUUCUUUGGUGACCAGUUCUUCUUUGCGAAUCGGGUGGAGGAUUUGGGUGUUGGUAUUGGUCUGAAGAAGUUGAAUGUUACGCAGUUUACGAAGGCGCUUGUCGAGGCGACGAAUGAUGAGAAGAUGAUCGCUCGCGCCAAGGUUCUCGGCGAGCAGAUCCGCAGCGAGAAUGGAUGCCAAAAUGCGAUUCAGGCGAUCUAUCGUGAGUUGGAGUAUGCCAAGUCGCUCAUCAAGACGCCUCAGCGUCAUCAUGCCGAGGGCUCGAAGCAGAGAGCCUCGAAGCACUCGCUGAACCCGUUCAAGGCGAUCAAUAAGAUGUUGCAGGGUGUCACGCAGACACAUGGUUCGGCUGACGACGAUGAGCCUGAUUUUGCUGAUGCGACUUCGGGGCGGACGGAUGUUGAGCAUCAGAAGUUUAGUGAUGUUUAG